AUGGAGGGGUACCGCGGCACCGAGAGUGACAGGGCGUCUGAGACCUCGUCUUUCGUAGAGGAUGAAGAAGAAGAGGAGGAGGAAGAGGAGGAGGAAGAAGAAGAGGAGGAGGGGGAGGCUGUGGACCCAGAGGAGGCAGAGGAGCUGACUAACAGUUUAAAAGAUCUUAUCCAAAGUGAAGAUGUGAAACCCAAGCUGCAGUACAUCAUGACUAACCCUUCCUUUUCUAUGGUAACAGUUCAAAGUGAAGAUAGUGGGAUAACCUGGGAAACCAGCUCAAGCAGAUGUUCUACUCCCUGGGCCUCAGAAACUAGUACAACUUCUGAUCUUUACAGUAUGGAAAGUUCACCGGUAGGUUCUCCUCCAGGAAAAGUAAUCUUUAUUAUGGAUGAAGGUAAGAUUGUUCGGAAAAGGAAGCUCAAAGCUUCAAAUAGGGUGCCAAUGGCUACAAGCCUGAAGAGAGGCCAGAGCAAUAAAAAACGUGACUCUUCUGGAAUGCAGAGGCAAGAACCAAGAACUGUUCUAGGAGAUGUGCAGGCCUCGAUGUUGAAUGUUGAACAAGUGGAAACACAAGACACGGAUGAGGAAAUGCUGGAUGACAAAGAAGAUCUGGAGAACAUCACAGAAGAGACAGUAAAACGUGCUCCGAUAAGAUCAAUAUUUAGAGAGAGCAAACUGAGAAAAGUAGGGCCGAUCCUUGGAGGACCAGUACAAGCUAGAAUCCAGCUGUUCAACUCAAUUUUUGGUGGAACUGGGCCAGUCCCUGAAAUAUUAGAGAAAACCAUAAUCCAGAGAAGUAACUCAGUUUCAGGAGAUUCUGAACAGUUCCUUGAAACAUCAGUAAAAGAAAGAUUGCAGAAGUUCAGUUCACUUUCAGAAGCAACACAUCCAAAACCUCUCCAGAAAGCAAGAAGUAGAAAUAGGGAGCAAAGUCAACGACCCACAGCACAUGCAAAUCAAAGCUGUUCUUCAUCAACAACACCUCUUGAAAAACGGCUUACUAAUAAAGAUGAUGUUUCCUCUGAAAAUACUAAACCCCUUAAAAUGAAAGAUAAACCAAGCAGGUUUUCAAGCUUUGGUGCAGAAACGUCUCUUCAACAUGAAGAAAGAAAAGACAGACAAUCUCUUUUGGAGACUCCAGAUCAGGUAUCAGGACAUUCACUGAAGUCCUGGCCCCCUGAAGAAGCCAGGAAGCAGCAAAGCUACUCACCUGUGGUCAAAACAUCAAUAACAGAGCAAACAGCCUCCGUUUCAUUAGAGUCUGACGAUAAAACAGAGAAAAUAGCACCACUUCCUGCAUCUGAAAAUGCAAACAAUAAACCAGAUGAAUCCCUGAUGAGAGCAUCAGGUCAUCUAGAUGAACCAAAGGAGCAGAAAACUCAGCCCAAUUCUGCACCACAGUCUGUUUCAGCAAAUUUUGUUAAUCACUUAGAUAGACAAAAUACCCAGCCAAUUUUGCCUACAGCAUCUGUGUCAGAACAUCCUGAGAAGGAAGCACAGAAGUCAGCAGUUCAGUCUUACUUACCUAGUUCUCCAUCAGCUAAAUCCAAAUAUUCCGCUCUGUCUGAAACAAGACAGGAGGAUGUUCUUCCUCAGUCAUCAGAAACUGCACAAUCUGAGUCUGAAAAUGUGCUUUUACCACAUUCUGUAGAUGAAACAGAGAAGCAAGAAACUGAGUGUCAUUCGUCAACAGCUGCACUGUCAGAAACUGAGCCUUCAGGUCUAUUGUAUUCUUCUAAAAAAAAAGAGGGUCAAAAGACCCCACCACCAGAAACCCAAAAUGUUCACUUAGAAAAGCAAACAAAGUCCAAACAAGACUUUUCCUCCUCCCUUCAGGAAACAGUGGAGCAAGGAAUACAGCUAAAUUCACCUAUCCCUGAAAAACUAGAUUCUAAAUAUUUUGGCAUUUCAUAUCCUAUUGACAGAGAAACAGAAGAAACUCAGAAAACUCCAACUAUAAAUAAAGCAGUAGAUUUGAGUGACCUUGAUUUUUGCACUGAAAAAAACAAACAAGCAGAGAGUGUGCAAAUGGAGAUGGAGCAUCCAGAUUUCCAUUAUUCCAGCGAAGAAAUAGAGGAAUUGGAGAGAACACAGAUGGAGGCAGAGUAUCCAGACUUCUCUCUUUCCAAGGAAGUAACAGAGGAAUUGGAGACUGCACAGCUGGAGGUGGAACAUCUGGACUUUUCCAGGGAAGAAAUGGAGGAAUCUGAAAGUGCACAGCUGGAGACAGAGCAUCCAGAUUUCUUAUAUUCCAGAGAAGAAAUAGAGGAAUCAGAGAGUGCAAAACUGGAGGCAGAAUAUCCAGAACUGCUCUUUUCCACAAAAGAAACAGAGGAAUCUGACAAUGUACAGCUGGAGGUGGAGCAUCUAGAUUUCUUGUAUUCCAAGGAAGAAACAAAAGAAUUGGAGAGUGCCCACCUGGAGCCAAAGCAGCCAAACUUACUGUAUUCCAUGGAACAAACAGAGGAACUGGACAGUUCACAACUGGAGGCAGAGCAUCCAGAAUUUUUUUUUAAGAAAGAAACAGAAGAAUCAGGGAGUGCACAGCUGGAGAUGGAGCACCCAGACUUUUCUUUUCCUGGGGAAGAAAUGGAGGAAUCUGAAACUGCACAGCUGGAGGAAUGUCAUCCAGACUUUUCUUUAUCAAAAGAAGAAGUGGAGGAAUCAGAAAGUGCACAGCUGGAAACGAAAAAUCAGAUUUUAUUUUCCACAAAAGAAGCAGAAAACGAAAAAUCUGUUCCUUUUGAACUGGAACAGCUAGAGUCUUAUUCCCCUGAAGAAGCAGAGCAAGAAGAAACAGCACAACUUGUGCUGAUACCUUCAGAUUUGCCAUGUUUGAUGGAAGAAGCAGAGAAAGAAAACAUUACAGAACUCCAGUUGGUACAUCCAGAUAUAUUUGAUUCCACCAGAAGAGCUGAGACACAGCAAACAGGGUAUCUGGAAACACAUUCAGAUUUACCAUAUCCCAUGAAUAAAACAAAGCAGCAAAAAAUGGCACAGGCAGAUUUGGACAAUUCUCUUAGGUCAUAUUUUGCUGACAAAGGAGAACAGCUGCAGCCUGUACAGCAGGAUUCACAACCUGGAGGUAAGCUGGAUUCCCAUGCAAAGGGAAUGCAAGGAGAAAUUAUUCAACUGCAGUCAGAGCAUCCAGUUUUAUCAUAUUCUAUGGGAAAAGAACAGCAACAUAAAAUCUCACAGCUGAGGGCAGAACACCCAGAGACAUCAUAUUCCACUGGCAAAACAGAACAAUGGGAAAUAUUGCAACCGAAGUUGGAACAAGCAGAUUCACCAUAUUCCCAGGGAGAAGCAGCACAAGAUGCUGCACAAAUAGACUUAGUAGGUCCAGAGCCAUCAUGUUUCAUUAGUGAAGCAGAGAAAUAUGAAAAUGUACAACUAGCUUCAGAAGAUAAGGAUUUCUCAUUUACCAUUGGAGAAGAAAGACAAAAAGUAGUGGAGUCGGGAUCUUUGGGGUCCUCACAGUCGAUUGACAGAGCAAAGACCCGGGAAAUGGCGAAAAUGGAGCAGGAGCAGUUCCUUCCCUCCUGUUCCACUGCUGGUAAUCAGCAACAGGAAACACCACCACUGGAUGUGGCCCCGACAGGUAUAUUAUACUCCUUUAGCAGAAUGGAGAAACAAUAUAUAGCACAGAAAGAGCUGGAACAGCAGGAAACAACCCAACAAAAAACUAUGCAAGUGGAAAUGGAGUAUUCAGAUUUGUCAGAAACCUGGAGUAAAGAAGAGCCACAGGUCAUACAUCAAACUAAUUUGUCACAGCAAGAAAUAGCUAAACCAGAAACAGUGCAUCCAUCUUUGCUGUGUUCUUUCAGUGAACAAAUACCAGAAGAAAUGCAAGCAGAGCCAGAACAGACGUCUUAUGUAAGUACAGAAAUGCAGGAGGAAAUGACACAACACAAAUCAGAGCAAUCAAUUCUCUCCUGUUUUACUGGCAAAGCAGAGAAACCAGAAGUAUCACAUCCAGAGCCAGAACAAACAUUUUUGCCAUCUUCCAGUGGAAAAGAAGCUCCACUGGAAAUGGAAAUGAGUUCAGAAAAUCCACAUUUGCCCUAUUUCUUUCAUGAAGCUGAACAACAAAAAAAGUUGAAACAUCCAACCUUACCGUUUCAUUCGAAACAAGAAGAAACUGCACCGCUGAUGAUGGAACAUCCAGAUUUUUCAUGCAACAGUGGUGAAGCAGAACCAAACAACAUCACAGAGCAAGAGUCAGGACAUCCAGAGCUCUCAUGCUCCAUGGGAGAAGCACAACGACAAUCAGAACCUUUGGAUUCACCAGGGACCCUUGGCAAAGCAGCACAAGAUGAAAGUAUGGAAGUGGAAUUUAAAUGCCCAAAUUUGUCAUGCUCUGAUGGCAAAAGAAACCAGCAAGAAACUUCACAAUUGGAUUCAAAAUAUCCAGAUUUAUCACUUUCCUUUGGUGUGGCCAAAGGACAAGCAACUCAAGAGUUUGAACCUAAACAUCAAGAAUUGCCUAAAUUGGCUAGAAAAAGAGCUUCUCCAGAAACUGCACAAAUACAGUCAAAACAUCUAGAUUUUACACAUUCCCCUGGCAAAACAAGUGAGCCAGAAAUUGCAAUACAAGAAAUGAAGCAUCCUGAUGCAGUGGAAUUCUCACAUACUGCUGAUGAGACAAAGCAACAAGAAGUAGUGCUGUUGGAUCAGAAACACCAAAAAAUUUCUGUUGACAGAGAAAAGCAGGAGCAAAUCACAAAAUGGCAGCUAGAGCAAGAAAAGUUAUCACAUUCUCCUGGUAAAACAAAGCAAUUAAAACAUAGCAAAGAGGACUUGGAACAACCAGAUGUAUCAUUUUUCACUGAUGAGCUGGAUGAUGAAAUGGCCCCACUAGAGUCAGAGCACCCUGACACGACACAUCCUCUGGACAGCACAGAGGUGCGACAAACAGUACGACAAGAAACAGAGCAAACUUACCCCUUUGGAAAAGCAGAACAGAAAACAGUUCAGCCAGAGGUAGAAAUUCCACAUUUGGCCCAUUCUGUGGGUACAGCAGCAGCAGAAGAAGAAAUGGCAGAGCCAGGGCAGGGACAUCCUGACUUUUCUCAUUCUGUUUUCAAAGCAGGACUGCAAACUGUACAGCAGAAACCCAAACACCCUGAUCUAGCAUGUUCCCUUAACGAAGUGCAGAAGAUGACCCGGCUGGGGUUGGAAGAUCCAGAUGGGUUGUAUGUUCAUGAGAAAACAGAGCAGUUCCCACCUGCCCAGCUGGAGUUGGGCCACACAGACUUGGCAUUCCCUGCUGACGGAGUGGGGCAGCGAGGCGGGGAGCACACAGCCUUGGGACGCCCUGAUGAGGGAUGGUCUGUCAGCAGAACAGAAGAGCACCCACAAGCUGCAAAAGAAAAGACAGGAGCUCCAUCGCAUAGCGGAAAAGCGGAGCAAAGAGAAAUGGCAAAACCAGAGCCAAAGCAUCAUGAUUUAUCAUAUUCUAUUGAUGAAACACAAACACAAGAAACUACACAACUGGUGAUAGGAAAACCAGAUCUAUCAUCUUGGACUGGCAAAACAGAAGGAGCACAAACUGCUCAAGAGGAUCUGCCAGGCUGCUUACAUUCUUUCAAAAAACCUGCACAAGACAAGAAAGCACAGCCUGAAUUGGGACAUUCAGAGUUACCUUAUUCUGUUAGUGAAGCAGAACAAGAAACUGCACAUGUGAAAUCAAACUGUUCAGAUUUAUUGGCUGACAGAUUAGAACAACAUGGAAUCAUACAACCAGAGGCGGAAAUAACAGAUUUAUCAUGUUCAAUUGGUGAAACACAGCAACUUCAAACUGUUGCAGUGGAUUUGGAGUAUCCAGGUUUAUUGCAUUCCACUGGCACAGUACAGCAACAAGAAAAGAUUCAAUCAGAACAGGAACAGCCAGGUGAUUUUUCAUCAUCUCUCAGCAAAGAGCAGCAAUGGAAAGGCACAGGAAUGCAGGCAGAACACCCUGAGCUACAGUGCUCUAUGGGGAAAACCAAAGGACUGCAACAUUCCCAAGCAAAAUCAAAAUGUGCAGAUUUGUCAUUCUCUGUUGGCACAGCAGAACCUCGUAAAGCAACACAUCCAGAGUUGAAAGAACAUGAUUUGUUCCAUUCUUUUGUCAAAACAAAGUCACCAUGGGCUGCCCCACUGGAGUCUGAACAUCCAGGCAUCUCGGAUGCCAUGGGCAAAGUACCACACCCUGAUUUGUCCUCUUCUGUUAGUGAAGAAAAACAAACUGCACAACUGGAGGUCAAAGAGGAGAGGGGAAAUUAUACAUUAUACCCAGAGGAAACAGUACGAUUGAAAUUGGAACAGCCAAUGUUUUCAAGUUCUUGUAGCACAGUAGAGCAACCAAAUAGGGGCCCGCUGAAGGGGGAAUUCCCAGACUUCUUGUAUUCACUUGCCAAAACAGAAAAACAGGAAACUGCACAAUCAGGGUUCGUGCCUUCUGAUUUUUCAUAUUCCACAGGAAGAGCAGAGCAGUUGCAACUAGAACGACUAAAAUCAGAACAUCCAGAUUUGUCAUACUCUCUUGGCAAAGAAGAGACUCAUGGAAUUAAACCACCAGAUUUAUUGUACUCUUAUGGCAAAGCAGAGCAACCACAGACUGCCCAGCUGGAGCACCCAAAGACAUCAUAUUUCAUGGGUGAAACAAGGUGGAAGGAUGGGGCUCAACCUGAACAGCAAUGCAUUAAUUUGCAGUAUGCUAUUGUUGAAACAGAGCAACCAGAAAUACCCUCUGUAUCACAUACAUUUGGCAGAAUCAAGGAGCAGGGAACUGCACAACUGAACUUUGAACAAUCAGAUUUAUUAAAUCCUACUGACAAAGCAGAAAAGCAUGAAACAGCCUCACUGAGAACAGGACAUUCAGAGAAUAGAGUUACUGGGGCUACUUCAUCUCAAAUUGCUCAGCUGGAAACCAAACAAGAUUUAUCUUUUUUCACUGAAGAAGCAGAGAGCCAAAAAAUUCAAGCAUAUUCAUGUCCUCCUGAACAAACAGUGCCUGUACCUUUGGGUGUUUCACAUUCUGUCUCUGAAACAAAACCAGAAGGAAGUCCAAAGUCCUCACCUGUAACUGGAGGCCUGUCCCCCAAGCACUUGGAUUUAUCUUACACUCAGUGUAAAACACAGCAGUCAGAAACUGCCCAGCCUGAGUCAGGUUUCUUCUUUGCAAGAAAAGAAGCAGAGAAUACAAAAAAACAUUUACAUUUGCCUGAGGCUGCACAGUCAGAGGCUGAACAUGUAAUUUUACCUGAAACAGAGAGAGAACAGAGUCCACAUUACUUCCAUACAACUGUACAAUUAGAAUCUGAACAAUUAACAGAUAAAGCUCUAGAAAGUCAAGAUUAUUUAACUUUACCUCCCAAACUGGAGUCUGAACCUUCAGUUCCAUUUUAUUCAGCUGAUGAAACACAUCAGCAAGAAUUUCCACUUUAUUUGAAGCCAGGCUCUGAGUAUUUGGUUCCCACACGGUCCCUUGCUGAACAAGAAAAGCAAAGCAUGCAGUCACUUAUUCCCCAGUCUGAACAAUCAGAGUGUAAACAUGUAAUUCCACCACAUGAUGAAGAAGAAUUGCAAAAAAUUCAGCUCCAUUCACCUAAAACAAGCUUGAAGACAGUGCAGUUGGAGAGUAUGUCUCUAAUGCACAUACAAGACCAAGAUGAGCAAAAAUCUCAAGAUCAUUUGUUGGACACAAACUAUUUGUCAUCAGAGCAGCUAAGAAGUACACCCAAAUUCACUACUGAGCAAAAUAAGCAAGAAAUUCAACCUAAUGUGCAGACAGUGUUAAGGUCGGUGACCACAGAGUCUGAGGUGACUGCUGCAACAGACCAGCAAGUGGUGUCAUCAGAUUCGUUUGUACCAUUUCAUACAUUACCUGAAAAGCUCGUGUCAGUGGCUUUCACUGAUGAUGAAGAGAAACAAAGUAUUCCAUCCUCUUUAUCUGACAUAGUAGGCAUGCUUGGGAAGCAAUCUAACAUAGUUUCAGGCAUUUAUACUGAAGGAGAGGAUAGAUGUGGAAAGCAACAAGAUUUUGCAGACCAAAAGCAUACAUCCUUAGAGCAUCUGGGAGCUGUUUCAUCAGGUCUUGUUUAUGAAACUGUGACACACAAACCUCAACAGGGCAGCUGCUCUUUGGGAGAGAUGCAGUCUGCUAGCUCUAGUUCUGAUGAAAAGCAGAAUCCAGAUAUUCCAUCUUUUGGGCUAGCUAGCUGGCUGGCAGAAGAGGUGAGAGCUCAUUCAAUUAGUCCAAUAAGAGCUGCAGAAGUAGACAGGCAAGGAAUUCAGCUUUCUCCAAAGGAAGCUUCUGAUUUUGGAUCAAAACAAUUCCCAGCUGGAAGUUGCACAGAGCUUACAGUUCACGGUGCUACAAAGAAUAGAGGACAUAUAUUUAGAGUUUCUGAUUCAGUGUCAAGUGAAAUUUCCCACAGAACAUCCUCAGACACUAGUCACAGAACACAAAGUAAUGAUUUACCAUCUCUGGUAGGAGAUAAUCCAGGUCCACACAAUGUUCCAGAGCAGGAAAACAGCAUUGGAAACCCUACAAAAAUGGACACAAUGCAACAUCCAGAGGUAGACAAACUUUCUGAAGCACCUGAACAUUAUCUGAGAGAAGAGGAAGAAAUGGAACAUGAAAGCACUGUAGAAGAGAGUCAGCAUGCUCCAGAGACUACUGAACAAAAAGAUCUAUUUAAUAUAAUUUCAGAAGGUUAUGAAAUACUCAAUAUUCAUGCUCCAACUCAUAUUUUUUCUGUUGAUCAAGAAGAAAGUGAACACAUGCCAGAUAAAUUAGAAUACUUGGAAACAGAUCCUUCAUUUAAAAGAAAAUUAGCUGAUGAUGGCCAUAGACCCCUAGCUUCUGGAACAACCACAGAAAUUUCAGAAAGCUUUGUGUUGGAAAAGCCUGCAAGCCAUGAACUAGAAGAUUUGGUCAAAAAUUAUGAUGUUGAGGAAACUGGAGGAACACAACAAGAAAAUCCCACGUUGCCAGAAAACAAUAAUAAUGCAAUGUUGUAUCCUAAUAAUGGUAUGGCCGAUAUGGAUUAUUUUGAAAAAUAUACAUUAAUUGAUGACAAGACCCCAGUUAAGCCACAUUUUGAAAGACCAAGUUCAUUGUUUCCUGUGACAGAAGAUCCCAGUGAAAAUGAACCUGUGGAAGAAGCCACAUCUUUUAAAGAAAGUGCUGAGGUAGAUACUUUGGAAGAAGAAUUUUCCUUACUUGAGGAUCUAGAUGAAGUCUUUUACGGUACUGUGAGAGGAGAAAGCAAAAUGCAGUCCUAUGCAGAUGCUCCAAAACCUUUACCUCUGCAGAAAUCAAUUGAUACUAGCAGUAAAAAGGUUACAAAUGUAGAAGAUGAACGGAAGUCACCAGGGACCCCACUCUUUGAUUCAGAAGAAGGUGUACUAGAACGAUCUCUGUUGUUCCCUACCACAGUUGCUGCAGUUAAUCCAGAGCUUCUAGAGGAGCCACCUGCUCUGUCAUUUUUAUACAAAGACCUCUAUGCAGAAGCAGUAGGUGAAAAGACAAAGGAUGAGACACCCUCUGAUGAGGAAAGCGGUAAUUCUAAUGCAUCUUUCCCCAGUAGAAAUUCAGACACAGAUGAUGGAACAGGAAUAUAUUUUGAAAAAUACAUUCUUAAAGAUGAAAUUCCAAGUAAGGGCAUAUGCCCUCAAAAAGAUCAGAUAUCAGAAGGUGAGUCCUUUAGUGGAAGAAUUUCAGUUCAGAGUUCAGAGGACAAACACAAGAAGGGGACUGGUGAUAUUCAACAUGUCAGAACUGAGAUUCUGCCAGAAAAGGGUGCUGUGGAGAGAGAGAAAGUCCAGGUUGACAGUGACAUUCAAGCAACAAUUUGUAAACCAAUGCAUGCCAUUCCUUUUGGAAGCAAAGUAAUUCUUUCAGGUGCAAGAACUGAUACCACUGAACAAAGAGAAGAAGAAAAUGUACCUGUAGAAACAACUGAGGAGUUGCCAGAGCAAUCAAGUCAUCAGGCAUAUAGUCAACUAGUGGAUUAUCAGGGAGCUGCAUAUCAAGAAGCUGGUAAUAAGCAGGAAGAACAGCAUGACAUAACAGGAGUUCCUCAAAUGGAAAAAUAUGUCCCAUAUGUCAGGACUCCUGUUGAAGACAGUGAAGAUGAUCCGUAUACUCAGGAAAAUCUUUCCUGUGUUCCUACCAUUCAGCAAACAGAGAAGCCAGACUGGCAAAGAGAGGAGCAGCACCCUGAUGUUUAUGAAGAUCUCGCUGAGUCAAUGGACUAUGAUGUGAUUACACAAGAAGAACUUUUGCAAGAUGAAAUAUCAUCUCAAUUAACACAGGAGGAGCUAUUAUUUGAAGACAGAGACUCUUUUGAGCAUGCUGGUGAUAGUUAUGAAUUUGUUAAUGAGCCAGAGCAAAGAACACCUGUUGAGCUUGAAGAUGCAGGUUUUGUGCUGAUGUAUCCUGAAAAAUCAGCAACAAACAUUCCUCAAGUUGAGACACCACAAAGAGAACUGAAGAAAGCACAAGCAGACACGUACUGUUACCACUGCAAAUGCCCAAUAUCUGCUAUUGACAAGCUUUUUGGAGAACAUAAAGACCAUGAAGUCACAACACUAGAAGAUGCUGCAACCAAGAUGAAGGAUCGGUUAAGUGAAUUGCUAAUAGCAAUGGAAGAAAAGUCAAUGAAGAUUGAAGAAUUUGUGAGUGAUAUUGAAUCACUAUUUAAUUCUGUUGAGGAAAACUGUAAGAAAAAUGCAGAGUUAUUGGAAAAGCAGAAUGAAGAGAUGCUUAAGAAAGUGGUAGCACAAUAUGAUGAGAAAUCAGAGAACUUUGAGGAAGUGAAAAAGAUGAAGAUGGAGUACCUGUAUGAGCAGAUGGUUAACUUUCAGCAAACUGUUGAUUCAGCAAAGGAAACUCUCGAGACAACAGUAAAAGAAAUGGAAGAACUCGAUGGAUUUGUUUUCCUAAAUUCAUCUAAAGAGUUGAAUAAAAGGUUACUUUCUGCAAUGGAUACUACCCUUUCUUUAGAAAAGGUGCCCAGUGCUUUUUCACUGUUUGAACACUACGCAGACAGUCCAGGACAAAGCAACCAGCAUUCCUUAAAACAUGUGGCUGUCCCACAGACACCAACUGUGGUACCUCAGGAACCAGACUCAGCCACCAGCACCUCCAUUGCUGUCUACUGGGCUGUGAACGAUGGGGAUGCCAUUGACUGCUUCCAGGUCUACUGUAUGGAGGAGCUGCAAGGCAGCAAAGAUGCAGGGGCUGUGGUGGAAGAGUACAGAGUGACGGUGAAGGAGAGCCACUGCAUUUUGGAGGACCUGGAGCCAGAUCGCUGCUACAGUGUGUGGGUCAUGGCUGUGAAUGGCACAGGCUGUAGCUUACCCAGUGAAAAAGCCAUUUUUAAAACGGCACCCGCCAUCCCCACCAUCAAGGCCGAGGACUGCACGGUGUGUUGGGACACGGCCACUGUCCGCUGGCGUGCCGGCUCGGCGUUGGCGGAGUCCUUCACCCUGGAGUACUGCCGGCAGCACUCGCCGGAAGGAGAAGGUCUCAGAUCUUUUGCUGGUAUAAAGAGACCUGAACUGGAAGUAUCCCUGGAGCCCAAUGUGAACUAUUUCUUCUACCUGAGAGCUGUCAACCCAUUUGGGACAAGUGAACAAAGUGAAGCAGCUCUCAUCUCAACUAAAGGAACUCGAUUUCACCUGCUGAGCAACACAGCCCAUCCUGCUUUGCAAAUCUCCUCCAAUGCAACAGUGAUCCGCCUUCCCGAGAAAACCAAAUUCACUGGGUUUCCUUCAGUCCUGGGUGAACUGCUGCCUGCUCGGGGAUGUCAUUACUGGGAAAUUGUUGUCUCUGCCUGUAGAAGCUACAGGAUUGGGAUCUGCUAUGAGGCAAUAUCACAGAGCAGCAUCCUGGGGCUGAGUGAUACCUCCUGGUGCAUGUGGUGCUGUCUUACACAAACCAGCUUUCUUUACAGAUUUCUUCAUACUGGUGUGAUGAGUGAUGUCUGUGUGACAGAACACGUGGCCAGGAUUGGCAUCCUGUUGGAUUACAGUGGUGGCAGACUCUUGUUCUUCAAUGCAGAGAGAGGACUGGUGCUGUUCACUAUCAGGCACAAAUUCACUGAUGCUGCUCACCCAGCCUUUGCCCUGGAGAAGGCUGGAUCACUUACCCUGCGCACAGGCAUGGAGCUGCCGGAGUUCGUGAAGCACAGUUAAUCCCCUGUUUCACGCUACCAGGAAAACUGGCAAUUACAGCGUCAGGCGACAGGGUGGGGAAGGGGGGAUAUCAGGGAGGGAUGUCUAGUCUUCACCGAUGAAUGCCACACACACAGCUCUCCCCCCAUGUCAUCAGUAACUGUAGUUAGUGCUCAGCCAUGUAAUCACCCUGAACCUAGAGAGAAAAUGAACUCCUUCGGAUAGAGCAUGCACCUAGUGAUAUACACAGAAGUACUUUUGAGGGGAAAAAAAGAUUUUGUUAGAUAGGAACAUCAAGGGGGGGCGGAAAUGUACUUUCCCUGUGAAAAUAAUGACAGUGAUAGCUGUCUUUUUAAAGUUGAUGAUGAACCUGUGUAUAAAAUAAAUGCAUCUCUCACUGCAAUACUUGAAAGC